AUGAAUUCCUUAUACUUCUGUGGAGGAGCAAAUGGUUGUACAAGCGCCUAUCCACUGCAAGGCGUCAACUCCCUAGCUGUUUUUUACGAUUUACACCACCAGAUGGCGGGACAAUACCAAAGUGGCUCCACAGGUAGUCCCUCGUCGAUUCACGCUUUCUCGGUUGCCGAGAGGCUGGCAGAGCUGAUCCUGGAGGCUCGCUAUGGAAACCAGCAGAAGCAGCGGCGCAGUCGCACGGCCUUCUCGGUCUCCCAGCUGCAGGCUCUGGAGAAGGCCUUCCAGCAGACACAAUACCCAGACGUGGGCAUGAGAGAGAGACUGGCUGUCUGCAUCAACUUGCCUGAGGCCCGUAUCCAGGUGUGGUUCAAAAACCGACGGGCCAAGUACCGCAAGGGCCAGCGAAGUGCCCCACCUCACAGGGAACCAGGAGUGGAAGAACCCCAUCACCAACAGGAAGGAAGGGAAGAGGAUCGGAUGGAAAAUGCAGACUCCAAACCAGCCAGUGGUGUUUCUCCAUUCAGGGCUGUUAGCACCAGUCCCACCACCACUGGCCGUGGAGAUACCAGCCACAGCCCAGUUCUUGGUGUUACAGCAUCGGGUAAAAGCAGCAGUCCCUCCCUACAAAUUGCCAGUCCCAGCAUGACCCUGCCUCUUCCCCACCGUGACCUGUAG